AUGGCACCCAACGUUGUUCUCGUCACUGGUGGUACAGGUAAGCUUGCUGGAUCCGGCACUCUUUGGCGCACCCCAAAGAAUGUCGAUCCAUCAUCUGCUGCCGAACGCGCACGCGCCCUGUCGCCGUCGCGUCGCGUGUCGCGUCGCUCACUGGUCGCUACGCCAUGCGAAUCCGCUCGCUGGAGGAUCGCUGACACUGAGCGUGGCUGAUCUGCGCACAGGGUUGGUCGGAUCGGCACUCAAGUAUGUCAUUGAGAGCGAAAAGGUCGGCUCUCGCUUUGGCAGGCAGUCCGAGGACGAGCAGUGGAUCUACCUCAAUUCCAAGGAUGGCGAUCUCAGGUCAGUCUCCGCGCGAUCUCCUCCAGGGGCACGGCGCAUCGGGAUCUUGUGCCGUAGAUGCGUUGUUCUGAACCAAACGAUCAUUUUGUUAUCCGUGUUUCCCGCGACCAUCUCAUCAUCCUGGCCUGGUCAUUGCUGCCGAUCGUUGGCCCUUAUCUCUAUCGUGAUUUCGCGGCGUGUGCACCGUCCUCGUGGCGGGUUUCCCCCCCUCCUGGACACCGUGCAGGGAGCUCAAGGACACGAUGGCCAUCUUCGACAAGUACAAGCCGACUCAUGUUAUUCACCUCGCCGCGCUCGUCGGCGGUCUUUUCAAGAACAUGAAGUACAAGGUGUGUCUCGACGGGGUUCGACCCUCCACCACGCGACUCGUGCUCCGCGCGCUGACUCAUUCGAGCGAUUCAUAUCUGUAUCCUGCAGUUGACGUUCCUCCGUGACAACUGCUUGAUCAACGACAACGUCAUGUGGGCCGCCAAGGAGCACAACGUAUGUGUCGCAAGCCUGAUCCUUCAAUUGCCACCUGACUCUAUGGCUUGCUCACCAAUAUUCUUCGUCCCUGGAUCGCUCAAAGUGCGCCAAGGUCAUCUCGUGCCUCUCGACCUGCGUUUUCCCCGACAAGGUCACGUACCCGAUCGAUGAGAGCAUGGUUCACGCCGGACCUCCUCACGAUUCCAACUUUGGCUACGCUCAUGGCAAACGAUUGGUCGAUGUGUACAACCAGUCAGUCGAUUUACGCUAUCGCUGGCUCUUCAAGCCCCAAUCCGGGCUGAAUACCAUCUGUGAUACUUGACAGUGCCUACCACGAAGAGUUUGGCUGCAACUUCACCUCGGCGAUCCCGACCAACAUCUUCGGGCCCCACGACAACUACGACCUUGAGGACUCGCACGUGAUCCCCGGUCUCGUGCACAAGUGUUUGUUGGCCAAGAGUAAGGACUGUCCCCAUCCCCGCGCGCCAGCGAUGUCGAGGCUCCGACUUCCUGGCAGUGUUUCUCGAACCUGAACUCUGUGUGCAUCACACUUCCUCUCCACAGAGAACGGGACCCCUUUCGUCGUCUCGGGUACAGGCAAGCCUUUGCGCCAGUUCAUCUACUCGCGCGAUCUCGCCAAGUUAUUCAUCUGGCAGCUGCGAGAAUACAACGAGAUCGAUUCCAUCAUUCUCUCGGGUCAGUUCAUACGCCUGUUCCUUCAACCAUUGGGUUGCCACACUGUCAAGCGAGCGAGCGCCACCACUGACAUGAAUGAGCAACUCAACUUCUUGACGUAACAGUCGGGGAGAAGGACGAGGUCUCGAUCAAGCAGGUUGCGGAUGCCAUCGUCAAGGCCGUUGGGUUCGAGGGCGAAUACUCUGUGCGUCCAGCCCUUUAACUUUUCGUUCCGUUCUUUCGUGCGUGGGCUUACCCUCAGAUACGUUCACAGUUUGACACUUCGAAAGCCGAUGGCCAGUUCAAGAAGACGGCGUCGAACGAGAAGUUGAUGAAGUACAUUCCCGAGUUCGAGUUCACGCCGUUCGAGCAAGCCCUGGACGAGUCGGUCAAAUGGUUCAUGCAGAACUACGAGACCGCGAGGACGGGCAUGAACAAGAAGUAA